AUGUGUGAUAUCACAGAAAAACUUAAUGAGCUCAACCGUGGCUUACAGGGUGAAAAUAAAAUUAUUUCGCAGAUGGCAAAUAAAGUUUUUGCUUUUGAAGAGAAGUUGGAGUUCUAUUACAAGGAAAUACAGAACCAAAUUCUACAUAAUUUCCCAACCCUUACAAAAGCUAAACAAGAUGACAUUAUAAUUUCUCAAACAAACAAUAUAAUAAUUUUAAAUCAUUUAGCUGCCUUAUCCAAUGAAUUUAAAAGAAGAUUUCAGGAUUUAAGAGGUGUAAAGAAUUGCUUUUUACUUAUAGAAAAUCCUUGGCACUUAGAAGAAUUAAAAAAUGAUACAAAUUUGGAAGUUAUUUUCAAAGAAAAGCGAGAACAAAAAGAAUACUUCGAAUUUUGGAAUUUAGUGCCAGGAAAAUACAAAACCAUACAAAAAUGUGCCCACUUUUUGCUAACAAUGUUCACAUCAACAUUUUUAUGUGAAACUUCAUAUUCAAAAAUGAAAUAUGCAAAGAAUGUGUACAGAAAUCGUCUUACUGAUUCACAUCUUGACGACUUGUUAAGAGUAGCAUGCAGCAACUACAAACCAGAUUUAUCCAAAAUAGUUAAGGAAUUAUCUCAAUAUCAAAAUUCACACUAA